AUGGCUCGAAAUGAAAAUAAAACACAAACAGAAUCUGGCAGCGAGCGAGGAAAAUGGAAAUGGCAGGAAAAUUCAAAUCACAAACUCGGUAUUUAUUUGCGAAGCGUAAAUGAUUACCACUUAAAAUGUGCUCGACUGCCACCUAAAAACCAAUUGUUGGAAAAAGCACAACCAACCGAGUGGGUGGUCCUGGGCGGCGCUGGGUGGCCAGAGUGGGUGACUCGAAGGACACGGCAGCAGAAGGAGUGAAAGGACCAAAGGCAACAUAUGUUUUUUAUGCCUGAGCUGUCUAAGUGGAUACGGGCGGAACGGAACGAGUGCUCAGAUGGAAAAGCCAUGGGGAUGGCGGAGGAUGGGGCUCCUUGCUGGGCGAGAAAACUGCGGGACAGCUGCCAGAGCUUGUUAGAGUCUCCCAAAGGGGGAAAUUCCCUGGCAAAGCGAAAUAUGGAAUUCAUUAAACGAUUCGUUAUAU